CCUUUCCCUCCUCCCCCCGGCAGUCGAGCGGACAUACAGCUGCAUCCGACCAUGUUCAUCUCAUCGGAAGCCAUCGUUAAUGCCACGUCCGCCGUCGUUCGCGCCUCCCUUCACCGGCGUGCCGACGAGGACGACGAGGAAGUCAACUGCGGCGAGGGCGGCGGUGACGACGCCUUCCUCGGGCUGCGCAUCGCCUCCGUCUUCAUCAUCUUGGUCGGCUCGACGUUUGGCGCGCUGUUCCCCGUGCUGGCCAAGCGCGCGAAGUGGCUCACCAUCCCCAAGGGUGUCUUCGACUUCGCAAAGUAUUUUGGAUCGGGUGUCAUCAUUGCCACCGCGUUCAUUCACCUGCUGGACCCGGCGCUCGAGGCUCUCGAGUCCCCAUGUCUCUCCCCGGCCUGGGGCGAAUACCCCUAUGCCCUCGCCCUCUGCAUGGUCAGCAUCUUCUUUAUCUUUGUCCUCGAGCUCCUUGCCUUCCGCUGGGGCACGGCACGCCUGGCGCAGAUCGGCAUGACCCAUGAUGCUCACGGCCACGACGUCGGUGGAAGCGUUGCCGCCCAUGGCCCCGAAGGUGCCAACACCGAGAUGGGCUCGUUGGAGAAGCAGCCGCUCGACGACGUCGACAAGGACGAGCUCAUCACCGAUACCGUCGCCGCCCAGAUUAUCGGCGUCGGCAUUCUCGAGUUCGGUGUCGUCUUGCAUAGCAUCCUCAUCGGCCUAACCCUCGCCGUCGACGAGGACUUCAAGACCCUCUUCGUCGUCAUCGUCUUCCACCAAAUGUUCGAAGGCCUCGGUGUGGGCUCCCGUCUCGCGUACCUGCGCCUGCCGUCGAAGUACACCUGGGUCCCCGUCGCCGCUGCGAUCCUCUACGGCAUUACCACCCCCGUCGGCAUCGCCGCCGGCCUCGGCGUCCGCACCACGUACAACCCGGGCAGCACGACUGCGAGCACCGUCAGCGGCGUCAUGGACUCAAUCUCUGCGGGCAUCCUCAUCUAUACCGGUUUGGUCGAGCUCCUCGCCCACGAGUUCCUGUUCAACCGCGAGAUGCAGAACGCGUCGAAUGGUAAGCUGGCGUAUGCGAUCAUCUGCAUGGUCCUCGGCUGGGGCCUCAUGGCGCUCUUGGGCAAGUGGGCUUAAGUCC